AUGGAAGCUGCUCGUUUGGAACGCGAACUUCAAGAAGCUAGUAUUGCCACAGGCUUGCCUGUCGACGUUACCCAAGUGAGACAAAGAGAGGUAGAUUGGCUCUCUGGACAAGAGGAUGAGAAUGCUUUAACAGAAACUAAAGUAUCCGAAGAUAAAGUGACUGAAAAUGGAAAACAAGAGUCAAAGGACAACCAUGUUGGAUACCAUGCCUCUUUAGCAAGUGAGAGUGAGGUGCAAAUAGAUAUUGAUCCGGACUAUUCUAUGGAAAGAGAAGUUGAUGCGAGACAAGAGGAGGAGGAACUUGAAGAGAAACUGAGUGAAUGUGCUGGAGAUUAUAAUGAAGAAUGGAAAUCGAAAGAAGGCCUUGGUACCAGCAAUGCUUACAUUUUUAAUAAAGGCAUUAGAACGAAGGAGGAAAACAGAAUAAAUGAAGACAAAGUGGGACAGCAGAAUCAAGAGCUUAACUUUCAGGAUGACUUAAAAAAAUGUAUUAUUGUCGAGGGGGAAGAAGAAAUUAGCAAGCUGGAUAGCUCCACAACAAACAUUCAGGAAAACUGUGUUGAUGGGCCCGCCCAGUGGUUAGAUGAGGCGUACAAUACUAAUAAACGAAACAGCAUGAAAUCUUGUGGUGAUGCGAUAACAGAAAAGAAUGGACGAACGCUUUUAGGGCUAGGUGACAAAUUGGGGCAACUCGAUACUUGCAUUGCUGAAACUGAGUCUUUGGAAAUUCGCUCAUCAAGUGAUCAGGAAGAAUCAUACAAAAGCGAUCCCUAUCAGACCAAUGCUGAUAAGGUUGGAGUCUGGCAGUUAACCAACCCCAGGGAAAUAGUAAAAAGGCCUUGGUUUUGUAUUUAA